UAUACAUGGGAAACAACAACUCGCGCGCGCAUGGAUACCCUUCUGACUCUUACCGACGCGAUCCAUACGCCGGAUCACGAAGCUAUUCUCGCAGUCGUCGAAAUGACUGGUAUGGCGGAAGUUAUCCCGGGGAGAUGGGCUAUCGUUCGACCUCCACAGGCUACCAGACGUACGCUCAACCUAGUACCUACGUCAAUCCGAUGGUCUACCAACCACAGCAGAUGGUACAGCCAGUCCAGCCGCAGAUCUUCCGGACGUAGAACCACAGCAGUACCAGUACAUGCAGGCACCUCCACCACCUGGAUCCUUUCCACAACCACCAUCCGCUGCGCAACCUGUCAUUCCUCAUUAUCCGCCCCCCAACGUCGUCCCCCCGGCUCCGAACACCAUGGGCGGCGGCCAGGCCUACGCCCAACAAGGCGUAUCCUACUCAAUGCCCCAGCCUGUAGUGCCCAAUAUCGCACCCGCUCAAAACAACAAUGCACCAGUGAUACCUCAAAUGCCGCAACAACAGCCUGCGAUGUCCAUGCCAGAACCCAUGGUCGAGCCGGAUCCGCCCCGUUCACGAUCCCGAAUGGACCCCGGCCGGUACGGCUCUUACGACCCACCCCGACGUCGCACCCCAUCUCCCCCGUAUCGCCCACGGUCGCCCUCGCGUAACCCCCUACCGCGACCGCCCCGAGACAUCUUCGACUCCACGCCUUACAUGCGACUCCUUGACGAGCUCCGCCAUCCGAUCGACUCGGACACGCUCAAGCGCAACCUCACCGUGAAGUCGAUGCAGACGCAGGCCGUUAAUGUCCCCGUCAUGGGUCCGAUGUUCCCUUCGGGCUCAGGCUCGGGCUCCCGGAGGCACGAGCGGAGGCACCGCAAGGGUCUCUUCAACGUCUUCGGGCGGCGGCGCCGCGACGAGGACGACCAAGAUAUCAUCUCGCCUGUGCAAGCUCAGACUGCCUUCUAUCCUGCGGUGCCGGCGCAGCAGCCCUACAACCCCCCACAGAUGAUGCAAGUCGACCCUGGCGGCGGCGUCCCUCCGGCUUCGGUGUUCGUGCCCUCGCGGGAGCCCACGCCCAUGCCCGCGCGCCAGUCGACACCGGCGCAGCGCGUCGCGGUCAACCGGCAGAACGAGUUUGCAGACCUGAUACCGUCUGCGCCCGUCCCCGUGCAUUACGAUCAUAAGACAUACCCGACCGCUCUUCACCUGCAUGAAGCUAUGAAGUUCAUGGAUGAUCGGCCAGAUAUUGCGGAGAGCAUCCGGAGGUGCCAGAGUGUCGAAGAGGUGCGCGGUGUCUCGUACACAAACAACCACCAUGUGCGGGACGACUGGGAAGAUAUCAUUUUUGAGAUGAUGGACGAGGUGAUCUACCAUAAGCUGGUCGAGCACAACCACCUUCGUUCCCUACUACUCAAUACUGGUAUGGCGGACAUUGUCUUCUCCGAGACCGACGAGCUCUGGGGAGAAGGAGCGUUAGGUCGCGGCGCGAACGAGCUUGGUCGAUCCCUCAUGCGAGUGCGUGACCGCCUGAGAUCCGAGGGGUUCAGAUGAUACGUCGAUCUCCGAGGACACCCUAUAUGCAUUCCGGUCUCCGUGCGCGAUCGUGCUUACGGGGGGUCCUGUCAGAGCUCAUUCGCCGCGCUUCCUCCGCUUGCGCUUUCGUUUCCCCUCCGCAGGAUCGUCCGCCACGGUUCGCCCCUUCCCACCGUCUCUGGCUGUACGGUCGCCGCCGCCUUC